AUGGCCCCAGCAGUUCCUCUCGACCCACUCCUUCAAGACACCGGAAGCGAGCAAGCCCAUAUCGAACCAAGCCAACAAACCAGCGAGGUCACUGAAAGCCAACGAGGAGACGAGCUGGGAACCAAGAGGUCGUCCAGCUAUACGGAAGCCGAGGAUGUCCAGCUUUGUCGUUCCUGGAUCGUUAUAUCGGAGGAUCCUCUGAUUGCACCUCACUCCCCCCAAAACGAAUUUCAAGCUUAA